GAGAGUGGAAGUCAUGCGAUUGGCUGGAGAGGAACAGAGCACGGUAAUUUCGACCGAUUCUCUUGGGUCGUUCGCCUACCAUGUCCCGGGACUACAGGAGGAAAGAUUUCGUGUUGACCGACGGAAACUUGAACAAAUGUUGCAAGGAACAGCGUCUGAUGGUGGUCCAAGAACUGCAGAAUAUUUCUUCCAAAAAAUUAUGGAAGAAACGGACACACAAGUCUCCUGGCCAACAAAAUUGAAAAUAGGGGCUAAAUCUAAAAAAGAUCCUCAUAUUAAAAUAUAUGGAAGACCAGAAGCAGUUACAUUAGCUCGAGAAAGAAUUCUUGAAGUUUUGGACACAAAGAAAAACAGAGUGACACUGAAAAUGGAUGUUUCAUAUACAGACCAUUCUCACAUCAUUGGAAAAGGAGGGAACAACAUUCAGCAGGUAAUGGAUGAAACUGGGUGUCACAUUCACUUCCCAGACUCAAACCGUAAUGGUCAGGCAGAGAAGAGCAAUCAGGUAUCAAUAGCUGGACAAGCCACAGAAGCAGAAAAAGCUCGUUGUAGAAUACGAGAGCUACUUCCUCUUGUGUUUUCUUUCCAAUUACCACUAACAGGGCUGCAGGCUCCACCUGAUCCUGGUUCACAAGCAUUGCUUACUCUUCAACAGAAGUAUGGGUUUACAAUGUCUGUUCGCCAGUGGUCUCGGAGUAACAGCAUUACCAUUGUGCUUCGAGGUUACCGUAAGGACUUCAACCGAAUCAGACAAGGUUUUGUUGAGCUCGUGGAAUAUCUUACAGGAACUAACAUGCCUGGUCUGCCAGUCACUUUCAGUCUAGAGAUUUCUUCUCAUCAUCAUAGUUUUAUCAUGGGACAUAAUGGUUGCAAUGUUCACUCAAUUAUCCAGUUUACUGGAGCUUCGAUUACUUUUCCUGAUACUAAUACAUCUUCUGGGGAAGGUGGAUUAACCCCUACUCAAUCCAAUAAGUCUACUGUAACCAUUACUGGCCAACUGGAUUGUGUCUAUGUAGCAUGGCAAGAACUCAUGGGUUGCCUUCCAUUGGUUUUGAUGUUUGACUUGAAGGAUAGCCAAAAUGUUGAACCAGUUGUAAUUCAACAUUUAAUGGAGCAGCUCAAAGUUAAUAUCACUCUAAGACCUAAACCUAAACAAAAUUGGAAGUCUGUCAUUGUCCGUGGAGCAGAGAAAGACUCCAGGGUUCUGUUUGAGGUGAGGAGACACCUUCUAGGGCUUGACAGAUCAGAUGUCCCACUGUGCUGUGAGAAACAUGCUAUAUCUUUAUUCAUGUCGUCACUGUCAUUAAAUGGAGCAAAUGUGCCUCAGGAUCAACUUGUACGAGAGGUCAAUAAGAUGGCAUCAGGGUCUAUUGGAGAUGUCAUGCUUCCAACAAGAAACUCGGUUUUCUUGUUAAAUAAUUCUCAUCUUCCCCUUUCUUUUGCUUCAUCCAAUGCUCUACCUAAUACAACACCCCAAUUCUGUACAUUAUUGUCCUUGUUUACUCAUCUGCUUCAAAACAUCAGAGCACCUGCCUCGACCUACAACCAUCUGCCUCCUCCUGCUUCCCAGCCUUACCCGAACUCCAUUGAGAUGACCAAAAGAGGCAACUGGUCUUUUGUAAUUGACCCCAAACCACCAUUCUCCACAGAUACAGAGUUUUCUGGGAGCAACAGCAGUAGGAGCAGUAGUAUUUCUAGUCCAAACAUCAGUCCAAGACAAAGUCCAAUCCACUCCAUAUGUUCAGAAUUUUCCAACAAACUUGGGACUGCAGAUGAUCGGAAUGUUUUAAUCUCAGAUAAGGGCAAGCCAUAUGGAUGGGAUAAGCAACCAUGCUUUCCAGGAACUACAGGUUGUCCACGACCCAUUUCAGGGAGAGGUUUGUCUAUGAACAAGGAAAGCAGUCUUGGAUUAUCAAUGGCAGGUGGAACAGGUGGCCCAUCUUUAUCAAGAACAGUCUCCACAUCUUUACUAGCAAAUGGACCAUUUCAUCACUACAAAAGCGUUUCAGACCACAAGAAUGGGUGUGAUCCCAAAGCUGUUGGCUGUGAGAGGGUACUUAAGAAUGACUUCCCAUUUGGUUAUGAAGAAGGAAUGUUCUUAGCUACUAAGGCAAUGCAACGUCCUGUCAGUGCUGAGGCUAGGGUUCCUACAAGUGUCUGGUCUGGACAGGGAUUUUCAAAAUCAACACCAGAGUAUUUAUUUAGAAACAAAUUGCGAGAAUGUCGAAAGCGAGAUGAUUUUGAAACACUGAAGGAGGAACAGUAUGAUUUUAGUUCAGAGUGGGGAUUUAACCAUAAAGAUCUUGCAAGUGUUCAAAAUUUCAAAUUAAUGGAGCAGAAUCAUCACUUCCAAGAUGAAGAUAGUCUUUUCUGCAACAGUAAUUACUUUGAUAGUGUAUACCCAAAAGAGCCAGUAUCAUUAUUGGAAGAGGUGAAAGACUUACCAGAACUCUUUUGUAAGUUAGGACUGAUGAAGUACACUGAUUUAUUUUUACAAAAUGAGAUUGACCUUGGAAUAUUCCUAAGAUUGACAGACAAAGAUCUCCAAAAUUUAGGCAUUCCUUACAGUCCAAAGCUGAAAAUGCUAAAAGCUAUAUCAGAAAUGGCGAAUCAGACCACAGCCAUGGAAAAACAAAGAGGUUUUUCUGUUAACCAAGGAGUAGAACUGCAUUCUCUUCUCUCAAGACUAGACCGUCAGCGACCUUCCCCAAGAGUGGGCGACUAGUAUCGGUGGAACAGGUUAAUUAGGUUUUAUCUCAAAUAGUGUAAUAUACGUUUUUGGUGGAACACCCGAUGUUGGGUUUAAGUAAAGCAUUUUUCAUUGUUUUUCAUGUAGAGUUUAUGUUUAGCCAAAAUUUAAAACCUAUAUAUUCAUUCAUUCAAUUAUGUGGAAAAGAAAAAAUGAAAAAACCUGACAAAUACAAGAUUUUCAUACAAUCUAUCAGUAAAGGUUUAAGAGUUUGAAAUUUGAACCCAACUUAUUUCUGCAUGCAGUGGAUAAAAGGUCUUUUUAGUUUCCAAAACUAAAACUGUUGAACUUCACUAAGUAGAUGUGUGAUAAUAAAUACUACUAGUGCUUUUUUCUUUGUUGGAACAAAUGUUUAAUUUAAACCACUUAACUUGUACAAGGAAUUUUUAAUAUGAGUAACAGAUUUUCUGUUCAGUGAAAUGACGUGUCACAAUUUCUUUAGUCUAUACCAUAAGCUGUUUACCUAGAGUUCUACAUUAACAGUAAAACUGUGUGUUUGGUUGUAUAAAUCCCAAACUUCCAAGACCUUCAGAUA